AAGUUAAAAGAGUUCAUUAGGAUUUGGAUUGCCACAAAGGACGAAACCAAAAGUUGCGUGAACAGCUGCAACAGCUGCGUGGGCAGCGAAGUGGGCAGAGACGCCGGCAGAAGCAGCAGCAAUAACAAGCUUUUCGGUCUUUUUUCCAACAAUGGAAAUGCGAGAGGUUUUGAGUCGUGAGGGCAGGGAGGCGAAGAAUCUGCUAGUCUACCAGUUCUGCGAUGAGACAACUUCGAGUGGUGCUAGCGGUUCCGUGGGUGGAGGAGUUGGAGGAGGAGCAGGUGGCGAUGGAGGAGCAGCUGUUGGAAGCGGAGGCGUAAUCAUGAACGGGGACUGUUAUCGAAAGCCUCCCAUGGUGCCGCCAAAGUCACCUAGUGGAACACCAAAAAACUGCCAAUCGCCCACUUCACCGCGACUAAAAUCAACUGGAAGUUUGGGAGGAGGCGGUGGUGGAAGCAGUGGACCACGUGUGCGUAGCGCCUCCACAGGAAGAGACAAAAAAUCGGAGCUGCAAGCACGAUACUGGGCCUUGCUUUUCGGAAAUCUUCAGAGGGCUGUCAACGAAAUUUACCAAACAGUGGAGUGUUACGAAAACAUAUCCAGCUGCCAGGAGGCGAUUCUGGUGUUAGAGAACUAUGUGCGAGAUUUUAAGGCGCUAAGUGAGUGGUUCAAAGUAUCCUGGGACUAUGAAUCUCGGCCAUUGCAACAGCGACCUCAGAGCCUGGCUUGGGAAGUACGCAAAAGCAAUCCUACUCCCAGAGUUCGAACUAAAAGUCUUUGCAGCCCCAAUAACUCGGGUAAAUCGAGUCCAGCCUUGUUUCCGGGUUCUCAAUCCGGGAAAACCUCACCGUGCUGUGAUCAUGGACAGAUUUCACCCAAAAAACUUUUGCGUGCCUAUGACCAAGUGCCAAAGGGAGCAAUGCGUCUAAAUGUCAGAGAACUAUUUGCGGCCAGCAAGCGAGCUACUCAAGGAUCUUCGCAGUCGGAUAACAUGGAGGGUCCCCUCGACUUGAGUGGUGACAAAUCAAACUACGUACAGCUCAACACCCAGUAUUCCCAAACUGAUCUGGAGGACCCACACUUAACUCUAGCGGAUGUCAGGGAGAAAAUGCGUCGGGAGGCAGAGGAAAGAGAAGCUCAGGAGAAUAUUGAGCAAGUGGUUAAAGAAGAAGUAAACAUUCCAAUAGCUAAUGAAUGUACGGAGGAAAUUCCGAACAAACCACAGGAUCUUCCUCUGGAACACACUUUCAUAAAUGAAGAUAAAUUAAGCAAAGAAGAUUCUUUGAUAAAUGCAGCACAUGAACCAACAGCUCUAGAGAUGACUGUAGCUUCUCUGGAGUCCAUGGAGAACGCUCUACUUACCCAGCAGGCCAAUAAAGAGCCAACGCCACCUAGCACUGUUGUCAAACCUGUCGCAGAGCUGAUAAAAAAACCACAACCCUUAAAUCCAUUACUAUCCGCAAAUAUUGCUCAAAACAGUCCACUCAAGUAUUCCAGUGUGCUAAAUCGUCCAGCGAAGAAGAAUCCCCCAACUGCGGGAGCUACUAACAAGACGAUAGCAACCAAGCCUAUUAAUAUAAAGACAAAUCCUGCGCCACCAGUCAAUGGUUUGCGUCGCACCAAAACAGCUCCUCCCUCUGCCAAGACUACAAGAAGUGGAUUGCAGCCACCUCCUAGACCUUCCAGCAAAACCGAGUGCUAUGGUCCACCCAACAAUGUGGCCUCCAGAUUGUCUGCUCGCUCGCGAACAAUGCUGGAAAUAAAAGGGAAUACCAAAAGUACAAAUCCUUGUACCGGCGCCAGAACUAUGUCGAAGAGAGCGGGUCCAAGUUCCAUUUUAAGCACUGCCAGAAGAACUACCAUGAGUUCUAGAUUAAGUUCCAGGGAGGAUAUAGCCAGUUCAACAUCCACUCUAAAAGCUAGCAAUGAACAGCUUUCGAACUCAAGAAGCACUUUAAAGGCGGAGGAGCGACAGUGCGGACCAAAACAGAUUCAACUCCCUAUCGAUGCUAACGAUGGUUGGUUGACCGUGAAAAAUCGGAGGCGAAGCAGCAUGCAUUGGGCGAAUAGAUUCAAUCAGCCCACAGGCUAUGCCAGUUUGCCUACAUUGGCGUUGCUAAACGAACAGCAAAAAGAGCAAGAAAACAAAGAUAGGGAUAAAGGAGCAGGUGACAGCAAAGCUAACGGCAAAUCCAUUCCAGGAAAAACUGUUGGCUCAGCAGGAGAUGCUAAGGUUAAAGCAAAGACAACAUUAGCAAUUUCCCGACCGGAAAUCAAGAAUGCCAAGGCCAAGGUUAAUUCUUUCCCAGUGCAGAGAAAUACUACAAACCAAGUGAAGAAACCAGAGAAGCCAGAAGAGUCGGAGACAACUGAGAAGCCCGAGAAGGUAGCUCCAGCAUCUGUAAUCACAAGCAGCACUCGAAACAGCAGCAACAGUAGUUCCAUUGGGCGCACUUCCAUUAUCAAGAGACAGAAAUCUGAUCUUACAGGGCUGAAAAUGACGUCCUUGCACAAGGAGUACAUGAGGAGUGAGAAGAAUGCUCUAAGAAAGCUGCAGCAAAUAGAGCAGGGUAAUAAACCCAACAAGAGCAGCUCUUCAUCUGCAGAAACUGUAGUUGAAUCCAACAACGAUGACCACAACAAGAUCGACAUUAAGAUUCAGACGAACUGCGAGUUCUCCAAAACCAUUGGUGAGCUCUACGAAAGCAUUGCCCGUUGCAAGCUUCCCAAUGGAAGCUUAAAACCCAAUGCUGGCAUCCUGAGUGCCUGUGAUGAGAACGAGGAGCAAAAUACGGAUGACAACGAGGAAGAGCGCGAUGAAAGGAUUUUAGUAGAAGUACAGGAAUCUCUUGAACGACAGAUCAGAGAGCUGGAGCAAACGGAGAUCGAUGUGGAUACGGAAACGGAUGAGACGGACUGUGAAGUUCAGCUGGAAGAGCAGGACGAUGGAGUAGACGGAUUGGAACUGACCGGUGGUGAUGAUUCGGCUGUAUUUGUGACCAUGAGUGAUGAUGAAAAUGCCAGUUUGGAGUUGAGAUAUCAGGCAUUACUUUCUGAUAUGUCGUGGAACGAAAGAGCGGAGGCUUUGGCAACUCUGCAGGCGUAUGUAGCUAGACAUCCUGGAAGAGCUCAAGAGCUGCACCAGAAGUUAUCCUCGCCCUCCAGGCGUCGUUCUCUACAGGAAACGCUGAAAAAGUAUCAAGCAAAACAGGCGAGAGCCCAGCAGAAACGGAAUCUACUUCAGCAGGAAAAGGCAGCUAAACUUCAGCAACUGUUUUCAAGAGUGGAAGAUGUUAAGGCAGCUAAGAAUCAGAUUAUCGAAGACAAACCAAAAAUGCAAGGAAGACUUCAAAGGGCAGCUGAAAAUCGAGAACAAUAUCUCAAGCAAAUCAUUGAGAAGGCUCACGAUGAGGAGAAGAAACUUAAAGAAAUUAACUUUAUCAAAAACAUUGAAGCGCAAAACAAGCGAUUGGAUCUCCUGGAAUCUUCCAAGGAAACAGAAGGAAGACUACAAGACUUGGAGCAGGAAAGACAAAAGAGGGUUGAAGAAAAGCUGGCCAAAGAAGCUGCUGUGGAGAGGCGUCGCCAAGCUCUUGAAAAAGAACGGUUGCUAAAGCUUGAGAAGAUGAAUGAGACGCGACUCGAAAAGGAGCAAAGGAUUGGCAAGAUGCAGGAGCAGAAAGAGAAGCAGCGACAGGCCCUGGCCAGGGAAAAGGCGAGGGAUCGUGAGGAAAGACUUUUAGCCCUACAAGUUCAACAGCAACAAACAACGGAAGAAUUGCAGCGCAAGAUUCUUCAGAAGCAGCUGGAAUCUGCUCGCCGCCAUGAGGAGAAUAUCGAACAAAUCCGACAAAGGGCUGUGGAGCUAACUAUGCCCACCAGGCAGGCGGACGAAGGACGUGGAGAUCAGGAUGAUUCUGAAGACCUGUUAAAUGGAAAUGGCACGAGCACCACCAAUGAGGAUGGCGAUAUGUCUUCUACUCUUUCCGAAGUGGGUGGGAUUUCGGGUCAUUCGAGGAGCUACAAAAAGAAGAUGAAAAAGCUGAAGCAGAGAAUGAGUCAGUGCGCUGCCGAGUAUUUGGACAGUUUAGAGCCUUUGCCCCCCUAUUUGAAAAGGGAUAGUACAGUGCCCAAGCUGUUGAAUCUGGUGGUGAAGGGUGGCGGAGCCCAAGGAUUGGAUAGGAAUCUUGGAAAUCUAUUGCGAGUUAUACCCAAGGCUCAGGCUUUUGAUUUCCAGGCUUUCCUCUGCAUGGAUGGUUUGGGUAUAUUGGCCAACCAUGUCAUUAGCAAGGGCAUGGAGGAAAACUCCGAGAUCUCAAGAAAGUCCCUUCAUUUGGCUGUACAGCUUUAUAGGAAUGCCUGUUCGGUAUGCCCUCAGAUUGCUCGUCAUGCUCUUCUGGGCAAUUCCAUAACCGUUCUGUUCGAUGCCAUCAACAAGAGUUUCCAGUUACCCGAAGAAAAAUCACCACAACAUCCGGUCGAGUUGUCCACGGAGCUAAUGCUGGCCUGUACGGAGGCGCUGUCCUCGAGUUACGUGAAGAAGAACACCCACCCAAAGGUUCCGGAACGCCUGCCGGACAUGAUAAACCUCGCUGUGAUCACGGGCCUGAUUGAGCUUCUUUCCCGGCGCAUUCAGAAGGUGCGUGAGUCCAUUGAGGGUAACAAGAGCAUGAUGCUGGGUCUGCUGACCACCAUGGGCUUCCUGUCCAGAUUCAUUGAUGUUUGCCAGCCGGGUCCUGCCGAUCCGACACGUUUGCUGAGCGCUGCCAAGACCACGGAGCUGUUUGGAACCGUAUCGAUGCUCUACGGCAGUGUGAUGCCAAUAGGUGAAUGCAUUCCACCGCGCACGACCGCCUUGGCGGCAUCGACUUUUCAUCUUUACGUGUCCCUGGCCUCGCUGGAUGUGAACACUUUCCAGGAGGCCCUGACUGUGGAGGGUCCUUUGUCGCUGAAGCUGUUGGAUGUGAUGACCCUCAUCCUGAACUUGAGCGUGGCAAAUACUCAAUGGCUGAAGAACAACGAGAGCACACCAAUGCUGAUUGACCUAAUCGCCACGCUGGCCUUUUUCUGUGUCAAUAAUCGGAGGCAUCAGGAUCUGCUGAUAUCGGAACAGUUUGCGGUGAUCUUUAAGAACCUGGCCAAGAUGCCCAGCCAGUUUAAUCCUGUGAUUUAUCCGUUUUUGGUAACGGCUUCCUUUAACAAUGCUUCAGCUAGGGAGCUACUCUGCAAGGAUUUCGAUUUGCUGUUCAUAGACGAGUACAGCAAAUCGGAGAUGGCCCAAAGAAACAGCGUCAUUAAACUGAUACACAGUCGCACCAAAGACAAAAUCAGCCCCGGCAAUAACAGUAAGCCACAGACACAAGAUCAGUGCUAAGGAUAAAGAUAUAGCUGUACCCUUGGACAUGAAGUCUCAACUCUCAACGUGAUAUUAUUUUCAAAGAAAAUGAAAAAAGGAAAAGCUGAAAGAGAGCAAAACUCGAAACAUUCGCAAGGAGAUGAAACAAAAUGAAAAUGGAAAAUAAUCAAACAUCAAAAAAAGGAAAACACACAAAAUAUUUUUAAUAUAAUUUAUAUAACCUAUAAAUGUUAACUUAAACUAGUUUACUAAACACGCACUUCAUCUCACUCACUCUCACACAUUCGCUAAAACACAUUCACAACUCGCCUAGAUUUUAUAUCAGAAUAAAUAAAUAUAUAUUACAUA